AUGGCCCAGCAAAUCGACCCCUCGCUCAACCCCUACGUCCAGGUCGACCACCAGGCCGCCCCUCAGCAAAAGACCUUUGACGACCACCAAUCCACCGUCACCGAGAACGCCUCAGAGUCCUCCCCCAUCCAGCUCAUCCCCGCCCCUCGCGACCGUUCUUCUUCGGACUCGCCCGACAACAAGCUCCCUACCAACAAGCAGUCUGCUGGUUAG